AUGAGUGUCAUGUCGAGGCCAUCAGUAGCCAAGAUCUUGACCAAAGGGCUGGAUAGACCCGAGAUUGGCAUCCGGACGUUAUCGCUUCGCACAGAUUAUUUCUGCGAUCCUCGCUCUGGUAGUAAUCCAGCGAUCUGUUCAGCUGGUGCGGGAGAUCAGAUCAGUGUCUCGGCUGGCAAGCGACCUGCAUUCUAUGUCGGCGACGACGACGGAUCAAAUGCUGUUUGGAGCGCGCAUCAGGAUGAGCGAAGGAGGCUGGCACUCGACGAGCUCGUCGAGUCAGAGGAGGGCUAUCUCAGAGAUUUGACCGUCUUUUGCGAUGUCUAUCUGGCUGAUCUGCCGAUGUUCUUGCCAGAGGCUGCUCGAGAGCUCAUCACUAGAGACGCUCGCAAGCUAUUGGACUUGCACAGACGCAUAACCGCUCGCUUUCUUCUGAAUUCUGACGCACGGCAUAUCAUACAAGUACUGAUCGACGAAGGUCCCAAUCUAGCGAUCUACCAGGACUUUUGCGCUCGGCACUCUGACGCAAUGGAUCUGAUUCGACAAUUUCGCCUCACGCACAAGGCAGAGUGGGAACUAUAUGAGCGGCAAUGUCGAUUGGCAGUUCUGCUCGCUCCAAGCCAAAGCAGCUCGAGCACGCUCCACCGGCCGACGUCAGCGAUCACGUUCAGCACCUAUGGCGCAGCUCAAGCUGAUCAGGCGUCGACGCCUCAACAAACCUCUGCUGCGCUCUCUUUUUCAGACUAUGCUAUCAAGCCCAUACAGCGCAUCUGUCGUUACCCUAUGCUCAUCUCCGGACUGAUCAAGUUGUAUAGCCAAACACGCGAUAUGCCAGACUCGACACGGCUGCCGGACUCUGACUUAUUGACAUUACUUCAGCAUGCGCGUUCGGUCUUGGCGGGUGCAGCCGAAGCUGUCGAUGAAGCCAGACAAGUCAAGCAAGCAGAAAAGAGGAGCGCGCUCAUCGCGCAGCGCAUGCAUUUCGCACAAGCCCCACGCGACCGCCUCGUAUCCGACUAUUUGGGCAUCGUGCAAUGCGUCGGGGCACUAUACCAUCAGACGCAACUGCACGCUGUGUCCGGGCCUGCGAAGGUCCGCUACAUGGCAGCCAUGCUCUACAAAACGCACCUCGUCCUCGCAAAGGUUCACAAGCGCUCUUACGAAGCUCGCAUCUGGUUGCCUCUGCGCGCACUUUGCAUACGCGAUAUAAAAGACGACGACUUAUCAGACAUCGCAGUGCCUUGCGCCAUCCAAGUCCAGUGCCAGCUCGACAACAAUUCAGAUGCAAUGGCAGCGACGUUCUACCUCGGCGCGACAUGCCGUCAAGAGAAGGCAGUCUGGCUCAGGCGUCUCCAGGCUGCCAUAGAUGGAGCCCAAAGCAACUGGGACACUGCUGCAGAUAGUCACACCAACAAAAUCGACGAUGCGCUCAUUUACAGCCUGUACGCUGGCAAGCCAGAAAGCAAGGACGACACGCUAGUCGCCAACUCACGUGCUAGCAUACUCCGAGACGAUUUGGACCAAGGGCGCCCACAGCUGCGUCAUGUCCGAGCCCAAUCAGCGACAGAUCUGCCACGAUCGCGCAUCAGCCAGACAGCAGCUACGCUACUGCUCGGAAGGUCACCUUCGACCGACCGAGCAGACGUAGAUGCUGCUCUCGAAGAUGUGUUUUCAGAUGAGCUGCAGACCGCUCGUCGCAUUGGCUGCCUCGAAGUCAGAGAGCCGCCUCGUCGGUAUUCGUACGCGGGAUCCUCUUUGAGCAGUGCCCAAUCGCUCUACAGAAAUCGCAAGCUUCGACGCAAGAGCACGCUAGAACUGACUUCGUUGCCACCUUCGAGGUCGAUCUCUGCAACAAGGGAGUCUUCCGCAGCGAGCUCGCCGAGACAUUCCAUGUUUGCGCUGGGUGAAGACGCAAUCAGUACCUCGGCUAUUGAGCGAUCUAGCGAUGUGCACAGCUUGUCUCCCGACAAUACCACCUCUGUGCUCUAUUCAGCUGCCAUGUCGAGCUCCAACGUCAGCGUUCUGUCACUCGAGCGAUACCCAAGCGCGCCAUCUAGUCCGCUGCAGUCUUCUAGCCGAGCAUUAUCAGACGUAUCGCCGCUUCUCGCGAGCUCAGCUAGGCUGCACGAGUACGAAGAUGAUAGCACGUUGCGCGCGGCAUACUUGCGUAUCUCUGAAGAUACGACGAGUGAUGCCGAUCUUCUGAUCGUGCCCAGCGCAUCUCCGCCCGAUGUAUCGCAGGCCUCGACGCCAAUGCCAAUACAAGAAAGCGGCCGUGGCUUGGUAUCAGUCUACGACGAGACCCAUUCGAGCCAGCUUUCGCACGAAGAGCUAGCUCGACAGCUCUCACGCGAUGUCGAGCGCAAUCUCUCGACUUCCACGACAUCAUCGUCUCGAUCGGGAUCGAACUGCUUGUCUGAUGUUUCAUCUAUGCCUUCGAGCUGCGAUUGUGCCGCACAAGCUUCCUCGCUGCCGACAUCGGUCGAGAGCGAGUCCUCGCACUGGCAUGGUGUCAAGCAAGCUCUUGGGUCUCUGACUCGUCGAAAGUCCUCACUCCUCCGCGAGACUAUCGCAACAGCGCCGCUCACACCGGUCAUCAGUCCCGACUUCGCAGACGCACAAUCUGUCGCGGCACAGAAAUUUCUGCUCGGCAGCCCCGCCACCGUCAAGCCAUCGCCUCGCCCUACUUGGCGACCAUUCGUCAGAAGUCAGAACAGACCUCUGCAACCCAAAGCUGACGCUCUCCAGAUUUCUGUCGAGGGCUCGGCCAAACUCGAAGAUGAUUCCACUUCAUCACCGACUUCCUCACAGAAGCCCACCUUGCAUCGCAGCAGGAGCCGGUUUGGCAGCUUGGUGCGCAUGACGCCGCUCACCAAAUCACAAGACGAGCUUCGCUCCCCUGGUCACGGACAUUCAUCAUAA